AUGACGACUCGUCGAUUACUUGCCAUACUGGCAUUUCUAUCUUUCCAGCAGAUAGCUACAGCUGCAUUCACGAACCCGCCACCGAGCGACUCCAGCAUUAACAACCCGCACUAUAAGCUGGGAGAGGAGAUCAAGAUCACAUGGGAGACAGAUGCAGAGUUUACUGAUCUUACCAUGUGGCAAACUGACACUGGCAAGAGAUACAACUUGCAAUCGAACAGCAAGUCGAAGGAGUAUAUAUGGAUCGCGUCAUAUCAAGGAAUCGACCCUGCCGACGGAAACUCAUUUAGUCUCUGGCUUUUCAAGACUGGCGAUACAGGUGCCCUUUUUGCGAGUCAUACAUUUAACAUCACCGAUCCCUCGUCAGCAACAACUUCAGCGCCUACGGGUACACGAACAAACAAGCCGAGACCUAAGACAAAGACCUCUGACGAAGCAACUGAGAUGACUGCCGAUGAUGCCGCCACUGCUUCAGCAACAGAUGGACCCUCUUCGGGGUUAUCGACUGGUGCAACUGCUGGAGUAGCAGUAGGUGCUGUUGCUGGAGCAUUUCUUAUUGCGGGCGCUGGUUUCAUGCUCUGGCGAAGACGACGGGCUAACAAGGCUGCACCCUCCGCGAUCGUGGUAGAAGAUGGGCCGAAAUAUGGAUAUGCACCAGUGGAGGCACCGAACGAUAACGCUGCGAGACAUGGACCAUGGGAAAUGGGAGGGUCGCCGGCGCAUUUCACGCAUGAGCUGCCAGCAGACAACACGGUAGUACAACAUCGAACAUAA